UAUUAAAGUGAAUAACGUGUGCACGAAAUAUUUCUUACGUUUGUCAAACUGUAUUCAAGAAAGUAGGAGCACUUGCGAAAUGGACGUUAUUUUUCUUUGUUGCAGGGUGGGCUACGAGGUGUUGUGUGGACGGACUGCAUGCAAUUCUUUUUGAUACUGAUUGCCCCAACGACGGUUGUCUCCAAGAUAAUAAUUGAUUCUUUUUCUCCGAACUCUGCGGUGCAGUCAUUUGACAAUCAUGACAUCAUGAGAUACAUGGCAGACUACAGUUUCGACAUGACGAGUGACGAAACGGUGUGGUCUUGCUUUUUGGGCUCUUCUGCAAUGUCAAUAUACCGCGUAUGCCUGGAUCAAAUGGUUGUGCAAAGGCUGCUGGCAUCUCGGACGCUCAAGGAAGCUCAAAGAACCGUCUUCACAAGCGUGCUGCUACUUGUUCUGCUUUACUUCGCCGGCCUGUUUCUCGGAGUGGCGAUUACAAUCUGGUUUCGCGGUUGCGACCCUGCCUUACUGGGAGCCAUUUCAAGCAUUGACCAAAUCUUGCCAUACUACGCGAAGACGUACCUUGUACGCGUGCCGGGAUUUGUGGGGCUCUUUCUAGCGGGAAUCAUCAGCGCCGCUACGAGUACAGUGUCUUCUACAGUAAAUUCUCAAGCUGCUAUAUUGUACGUGGAUGUGAUUGCUCGUCGAUACAAGAAUGCUGAGAAGCAUGUAUUGUGGAUUACGCGCGGCACAGCCGUUGCCUUAGGAACUUCCGUGACAGUGUACAGUAUGCUUUGUGCACACAUGGGAUCUGUGACAAGGGCAUUUCUAAUGGUCUACAACGGCGUGACGGCACCGUUUGUUGGCUUGUGCCUACUGGCUGUCCUCUUUCCUUUUGUUCACUCAAAGGGAGCUGGAGUAUCCACGCUUCUCAUGGUUGUGUACCAAUUGUGUCACAUCACCGCUGUCAUCCGAAGUGGGAGGAGGCCACCCAGGAUGGAUAUGUCGCUUGAGUACUGCCAUGAAAACUACAGCCAGCUUCCUUUCACCUUCAACGCGACUCGCUUUGCACCGCAAACUGAGUCCAAAGACACCUUCAUUCUUUUCCGCCUAUCAUAUUUGUGGACUAGUUUCUUCGUUAUAUUCGCCACCAUUUCAAUAGGAGUGCUCGUAAGCGCCAUCACAGGCGAAAUAGGAUUUAAAGAAGGUAAAGAACACCUUUCCUCAGAUUAUGCGGUAAAGCUCUGGCAAAGAACAGGCCUGUUACAUCGUAAACAAAAGCGGCAGGAAGACACGACCAAAGAUAAUAGAGCUUUGAACCAAGAAGAUGAUAUGGACAUUGAAGCAAUGCUGACAAUCCCGAACGAGUCGUCACUUUAAAAGAAUAAAAAAUAAAGAAGUGUCACAAAUUCAA